AUGCCCCAAAAUGUCCACAACGCAGAGGAAUUCAAUAUUUGCGCGACCAAGAUGCUGCUGGGCGGUCUUCAAGGCCGCAAGGAACACCCCAGUCAGGACCACGAAGUCGUCUGUUUCCAGAACGCUUCCCGAGUCGAUCGCAGCCAACCAACCCUUACCGAAGAAGAAAGACCAGAGCUUCGUCAUAUUCCAUACAAGGAUUCGAUUUCGGCCAUAGGAACAAUAGAUGAAUGCGUCGAUAUCCUGACAAACUCUCUUCACCCGGCAAUAAUACAGUUCGAGGACAAGAUAGUGACUACAGAGAUGCUGCAUACAAUCCGUGAAAACUUUGUCACAGAUGACUGCAACGCAGAUUAUUGGCGCCCUUAUGUAGGCCAAUCGGAGGACCCGAAGAAUCGGGUCCUGCAGCACCUUAUGGCCAUCAUUAAGGGAGAUGAUAGUACCCUGCACCCUCAUAUAGUGGCAAAAGGGGGCGGACACCGCGCAAUUAAGUUCAUCAAUAUAUGGACUCUGGUUUGGCCGGAUCAUAUCAGCUGUCAUAUUCCCAUGGUCUUUGCGAACAUUUUGGAGAUGUUCUUAUGCAGAUGCUUCCAGGCUCUGGCGCCAGGAAUUCUGGAAGAGUACUUCGGUAAGGCCGAAUACUCAGCAACUGGCUUACAUGUUGUCCCACCUCUGCUGCAAGGGAUCUCACUUGCCCCUAAUAAAUCAGGGCAUGGGCGACCUAUCGGUCAAAGCGACGAACAACAAGUCAUCUAUCCGACAUUGCCAACAAAUUCUUUGGGUGCCAUAUUCAGGAUAAACAGCUUGGUCGACUGGCUAGACGGUGCCACAAUCGAUGAUCUGAAAGCCCGACGCAGACGACACAUCUACAUCAACCCAAAGAAUAAGAAGGUUGACGACGAUUUGAAAUUCUUCCUAGACGGUGGUUAUAUCCUGGAUGACGGUUCACGUUCCAAGAUCGUCCCACCUACUACAGUAAAACGUUCAAGAGCGUCGUCCAGCGAUGGGUCUCAGCCCGAGCAGCCCCGUGGUAAGAAAGGCUCAGAAUAG